AUGGAGGAUAGGAAGGUUUUGACGAUUGCUAGCCAUGUAUGUGUGGGCUUCUUUAUUUACUUCUUUCCCUUUUCUCUUGGUUCUUUGCUUCCGGGAGCUGAUGGGGGUUUUUGCUCUGCUUUGUCCUGUCUUGUUUAGGUUGUUUCAGGGUGAGCUGACUCGGCAUCAUCAUCAUCGCCAUCACCGUUGUUAUGGGUACCGGUACUGGUGGUAAACUGACGGUGGCAUACUCAGAUACGUCGGUAAUUCGGUCACCACCUUUGUUCUCCAGUUGAUGGGUCUGGAUGUUGCUUCCCUCAACACGGUGCAAUUCUCUAACCAUGCUGGGUAUCGCCGGCUGAAGGGGUUUCGGACCACCGCCGGGCAGAUCUCCGACUUGUAUGAUGGCCUCAAGGGCUGCGGGUUGGAUGACUUUGGCAUGCUUCUCACCGGGUACAUACCUAGUGAGGAGUGUGUCGAAGCGGUGGGGAGGAUUGCGGGGGAUAUGAAGGGGAAGGAAGGGGGUUGCUUUUGGCGUAUGUAUCCUCCGUUGUGUAUGGGAGGGAUGGAGGGGGAGGAGGAGGAGGAGGAGGAGGAGGGGCUGAUGGAAUGGAAUAGUACUUGACCCCGUCAUGGGGGAUCAGGAUAGGCUUUAUGUUAGCGAGGGGGUACUGCCGGUCUACAAAUCACUGGUAAGAAUGGCAGACUUGAUUGUUCCGAAUCAAUUCGAGGCCGAGUAAGGCACUCCUUUUCUUCCCUCGGUCCAUGGGGUGCUGACGUCUGGCAGACUGCUAUCCGGCGUAAAAGUCGAUUCGCUCCCCUCCCUCUCCCGCGCCAUCUCUGAGCUUCACAGAAUCUACAACGUACCGCAUGUAGUCAUCACCUCCGUAACCUUCACCAACGGCGACAAGAAGAUGCUCUGCGCCGGCUCCUCCGCAACUUCAUCGGGCGUCCCACGGAAGUUUGUGUUCAACGUCGAGAUCAUCGACGGCUUCUUCUCCGGCACCGGGGACAUGUUUGCUGCACUUACGCUGGCUAGGUUCCGCGAGGAAGCGGAGAAGGACGGGUUAGAGGUUGCACAGAGUUGGGGGUGCGAUGACGCGGUUGGACCUUUGGAAUUGCCUUUGUGCAGGGCUAUCGGGAGGGUGUUGGGAAGUAUGCAUUUGGUGCUUGUCCAGACCCAGCUGGCCCGUGAUAAGGUUCUGGGAACGAAGAAGAGGGAGGAGGAGGUUGAGGUUGGGAGCGAGGAAUAUAUUAGGCUUACGAAGGCCUCCGAGUUACGACUAGUGCAGUGCCAAAGUGAGCUGAAGGAUCCGGAGAUUGGGUAUGAGGCUGUUGUCCUGAAGUGAUUUUUGUGCAAUUUUUUUUUGAUUCCUUGUCUUCUCGAUGCGUUCGUUAGAUAUUAUUUUUUACGACGGUUCUGGCAUUAUAUCGACUGAUAGAUGGUUGCCUAUCUGGUUCUUGUACAGUAGUUUGCUGUGAAUGGUAGACGAUAUAUUCUAUGAUGCUCGGAUUCACUGCGAUUCUCCGGUCGACUUUACGCGUUGUGCACAGGAAGAAGUGGUUUUUGAGGGGUAUGGCCAUAAUUGCUUUUACGUGAUGUUGGGGUUUUCGUGGUUACCUGACCUUGCCUUACCUUACCGGUGGUCUAGCCAAAACUGUUGCGCUU